GAACUUUAAAAAGGUCCAAGGCUCAGUCUCUUCUCUGAGAAAUCCUGAUGCUCUUGACAAGAGUGGUCUCCUGAAUUUAUUUAUUUAUUUUUAUUUUAUUUUAACUAAAAAAAAAAAAAAAAUCAUGAACCCCUCAGCUCUAGUCAUCACUCUUUUCGCCUGUGCUCUCUUGUCAGUGACAGAAGGACUUUUAAUCCCCCAGCCCCGAUGCCGGUGCACAGAAACAGUGUCAAAGGAAAUCCCUUAUCACAGAAUUAUAAAUAUUGAGACAUUUCCGCCUGGGCCUCACUGCAAAAAUACAGAAAUAAUUGCUACAGUGAAUCUCCGGAAAGUAGUAAAGUUGUGCAUCAACCCUAAAGCUGAGUGGGUUCAGAAUGUACUCAAAAAAAGGAAAAUGGCAUCAUAGAAUGCUACUGCAAAGAAGAUCACUGAAGGAAAAGAAAAGCAAGAAGUCUCGACAUCUCAGUAUUUCUUAUUUCAUCAUAGAGUAAUUAUUUUAGCAGUGCUGGUAUUUUUAUAAAUAGUCUAUGUUUUUGUUUUUUCUUAUGAAAAGUUAUAUGAGCAUUUCACUAAUAUUUGUUAAUAAAGUUUUGGGAAAAAAAAAUU